AUGUUCCGCCCCGCUGUGGAAGAGACCAUCGAGUCACAGCAUGCUAAAGCCAUUUUCAAAGUGGUGCUUGAUACUAAACCAGAGCUGAUCAAACAGGAUUUUCUGAGUCUGGGAACAGUGGGUCAGGGUGUGAGCUGCAAGGUCCUACAGGAACAUCUGCGGGCCGAUUCCUCGCCUUCUUCAGUGAGAAGAAUCCUGGCCUUCCUCAGGCAGCAGCCGGGUCCUCUUCACACCUCACUGAAAAAGUGUGUGAUUGAGGAGCUGUAUCAGUUUGAGUUCUUCUCUGAGCUGCUCAGAGAUCUCGGAGCUGAGAUUGCCCUGUCGAUGCCGGUGAGCACCAUUAAGAAGUUUCCCACAGACAUGAUGGGCACUCUGAGGGAGAUGAUCAUCGAGCACCCUCUGCCCUUCCAGAAGCUGGAUAGAACAAAACAGGAGCUGCUGGUAGACAAAAUGGUGCAGAGGAUGGGCAUGUACACCGGGGUGUUCACUGAGCAGGAGUUUCGUUCACUGGGCAUUAUGGCACCGUAUGUGGUGGAUGAGAUUUUCAUCCAGCUGGACCGCAGCUUCUUCGUCGACAAUCUGGAGUUCCUGCAGGGACUCUGCUACAGCAGGAGCAAGAUGGACAUUGUGGCUCGUAUCCUGCAAGACGUCUUCGGCCCAGUCAGCAGCUGGAACCAGACGACACUCAGUCAGGUGGACCGGUUUCUCUUCUUCCUGCCUGAUGACAAACUGCAGGAGAUUUCCCUGGCGCUGAUGACUGUGGGGCGAAUAGAGAAGCUGUUCAUGAGCCAGCGUCGGUGGGAGCGUGGGGAUGUGGGGAUCCACUGUUUGGAUGAGGAUGAGAGGAAGAGAUUUUUUGAGAAGCAGCAGUUUGUUCUACAGUUUUUCCUGGGCUUCCUCAAAAUAAACCUCAUGUCAUCGGCUCCUAUGGUUCCUACCUGUGAGAUUCUGCAUACAACAGCUCCCUCCGCCUGGACCUCCAGCAGUCUGACAAGCAUGUCUACAUCGGCCUUCUCCAACUGUCUCGAGCUGAUAGGUCAGGACCCGUUCCUUGCAUCCUACCAGCGCAGCCAAGUGCUCAAGAGAGUCAAACAGAUAUACGGCCCCGUCUCGACCUUCUCCCAGUCUGUGAUCUCUCAGCUGGGUGGAAUAGCAGUAGAGCUGUUACCGGAGGAGCUGAGCAGCCUUCGACUGACUGAGCGAAGGAGCAUCGCUGCUCUGGGUGCUGUCAGUACCUGGAGCAACAGACAGCUGUCUGCACUGUUCACCACUGUGUUAAACUCCACAAAGCGGCUGCAGAGUCCGAGCCAGCUUGACUCCAGCACACUGGUGGCGAUGGGACACAUUGUGUGCGGAGCUAAAACGACAGAGAUGAAGUUUUUCAAUGCUGUAGAGUUCAGUAAGGCGGUGCUCUGGCUGGGUCAGUUGAGGUUGUCCUGCUCAGAGGAGCAGCUGCUGGCUCUGGUUGGGCUGCUGGCCCACAGCCUUGCUUUUGGACCCAUAAGUUCAUGGGGAACUGAUGUCUUCAUUGAGAUUGGAGUUCUGGCAGCUGGUCUCCCAGACAUGGCAAUGUCAGCGCUGGUGAAAGAGCAAAUAGAAGGACUCUUACCUGCGGCCAUCGAAUUGAUACCACCUGAUAAGUUUGCUGUGGUGUUUGACCAGAGAAUGAUCAGCAUGUUCUCCUACGAGCAGGCGGCUGCGGUGACUGAUGCGCAGCUCGCUGCUCUGUCGGAUCUUCAGAGGAAAGCUCUGGCUAUGGUGCUGACACCGUGGGAGGACAGGCAUGUAGACUUCAGAGGGAAGUCACAGGGGCUGGCACUGAGCCACAGUCCUCUGUGUCUCAUACUGGGACUGCUGAUGCUGCUGGUCCUACCCUGUCCUGACCUGAUCUGCCCUGGCACAUGACCCCACUCACCCCUGCUGGAUCGGAAAACACCUCCUCACCCACAUAACCGAGAUGAUCUCGUCUAUCUGUGCAAUACCAUACCUCUGUGAAAUGAACAGCACUUCAGGAUUUCUAUCCAGUGUAAUUAAUGAGACAAUGAGAUAAUUUAUUUUGUGCAGCUGUCACUUAUGUAAACAUAUCAACAAUCAGCACUGAAGGAACCAAAUGGAGAGUUUAACUCAAAAAACAGACCAUUUAACAGUAUAAACAUAUCCAGUAAGUCAACACCCACACACCCAGCUUAUUUAUUUAUUUAUUUAUUUGUUUAUUUAUUUAUUUUUGUAUGAUCCCUACUGUCCCGAUGUAUCCUUCUCAGGGAUGUGACGCCAUACCCAGAAAUACAACCCAAACACUUAAAUGAUUUAAAUACACUUAUGAUACAGUUAUAACGAGCAAAUCAAAGUUGUGUUGCAAUGCUACAUGCAAAGUUAUAUAUUUUUGUGAAAUGAUAUAUUAUUUUUGUCAG